UGCCUCAGCCCUGAAGACACAACUGACAAAUGGAAGGGGUCCGCUCCCUGUUACAGCAGGUGCUCUCACUCUGUGGGUCCUUAUGUAACUGCGCGGUGUUAAUCAGGAUCACCCGUUCUACACUAUGUGGCACUGCUGCCGUGUCUCCUAGUUACUUGUUUCUUGUAAGAAUGCCGGUGACUCAGUUAGAAGCAUGCUUCAAAGCUGUCCAUGUCCUUGCCAUUCAGAACCGGAGCCUGGAAGCUUCCAAAUUUCUCCAGAAUGUGAUUUACAUUCACCUUCAGCAGCGUUCCGAGGAGAGAAUUCAGCAGUGCAACCUCCUCUCCGAGCUCUAUGAGUUGAUCGGCUUCCACUGCAAGUCCGCCUCCUUCAAGCGGGAGGCCCCCGUGCGGCGCGUGGCCCCCGGCAUCAAGGAGCCUGGCGGGAAGCCCUGCUACCCACUCCUCCUGCAGACGCUUCCUGGCUACAGUCUGUCGCUGGACCUGCAGGACUUCACCGCAACCGCACCGCCCCCUCCCCGCACCCUGACCACCCCACAUCCACCUCCCGGGAGCAGGCCAACACAGAGAGAUGAACCUCUUGUACCUAGGGUACCAGAGGCCGCCCCCAGGCCAGGCCUUUGUGGAGAUGGGAGCAAACUGAUCGGCUAA